AUGAAAAAUUAUCUUUCUAAUCCUCCAGUAUUGAUGCCACCCAAGCCCGGGGAACCUUUGCUCUUGUACCUUACAGUGGCAGAAACUGCCAUGGGUGGAUUGUUGGCGCAAUAUCAAGAAGGGAGAGCCAUAUCUGAAGCGUUAGCUGAUGGGCCUAUAUCAGGAGAUGAAUUCGAUAAUGACUUUCCGGAUGAACAUUUAUUCAACAUCAAUACAUCACAAUGGAAGAUGUACUUUGAUGGAGCAUCUAAUAGAAGGGGGAAUGGUGCAGGUGUGUUACUUAUUGAUCCUCAUGGAGUUCAUAUUCCCUUUUCAAUAAAACUUAGUUUUCCAACAACCAAUAACACUGCUGAAUAUGAAGCUUGCAUCUACGGUGUAAAGGCAGCCUUAGCAGCAGGGGCAAGAAAUCUUAUAGUGUAUGGUGAUCCUCAUGGAGUUCAUAUUCCCUUUUCAAUAAAACUUAGUUUUCCAACAACUAAUAACACCGCUGAAUAUGAAGCUUGCAUCUACGGUGUAAAGGCAGCCUUAGAAGCAGGGGUAAGAAAUCUUAUAGUGUAUGGUGAUUCAAACCUCAUUAUAUCUCAAACAAUUGGAGUAUGGAGGGUUCGAGAUGAAAGGUUGCAAAUGUAUACUGACCAUCUCCAACAACUUAUCCCCUGCUAUGAGGAAAUCGAUUUCAAACAUCUCCCUCGAGAACAAAAUAGGUUCACUGACGCGCUAGCAAAUCUGGCAGUAAAUUUAACCUGGGAAGAUAACGUUAAAGUUCGGUUUGUAACUGUAGAAGAAAAAAGUUCCCCGGUGAUCAUGGAUGAAGAUAUGAUCGCAUCAUUAACUAUACAAGAUGAAGAGGAUGCUUGGUAUAGCGACAUAAAAAAUUUCUUGGCCACUCGGGAAUAUCCCGAAGGGAGUCAUAAAAAAGAUCAACUUGAAAUUCGAAGGCUAGCCGCUCACUUUGUGAUAUUAAAAGAUCAAUUGUAUCAUAAAGGUUUUGAUGGAACCUUGCAACUGUGUAUUCAUGGUGAACAAGUCCGAAAGGUCAUGGGAGAAAUCCAUGGAGGAGAAUGCGGACCACAUAUGAACGGACGAAUGUUGGCUCGUAAGAUUUUGCGAGCCGGGUAUUAUUGGACCACCUUGGAGACAGAUUGCAUACACUUUGUAAGGACUUGUAAGAAGUGUCAAAUCUUUGCAAAUCUCAACCAUAUGCCACCCGUCUCACUACAUAAUCUCACUUCACCGUGGCCAUUCUCAAGUUGGGGCAUCGACAUCAUUGGACAAAUUCAUCCGAAAGCUUCAAAUGGGCAUCAAUACAUUUUACUAGCGAUUGAUUAUUUUUCAAAAUGGAUUGAAGCAGCAUCAUUUUCCAAAUUAGGUGCAAAACAAGUCUCGAAAUUCGUGAUAAACAACAUUAUUUGUCGCUAUGGAGUACCUUUUGAAAUGAUUGAAAGAAACUCUUGA